GCACCUACUGCACCCAAAGCUCGUCGUUCCUUGAGGGCCAAGGCGACCAAAUUAAAAGUGGGAUUGAAAUCGAAUGCAAGUGUUGAUGAUACAGGUAAAUUACAAGUAGCUGCGAAAGAUGUCCUCUCAAAACGAGAAAAGCGCGCGAAUAAGCAUUCCAGUCUCGUCAAGCGCAUCGAGAAAUCCACUACCAAACCAUUUAAACGUCGUCGGCCUAACAAAAAGCUCAUCACGACUAUGAAUAACCUGAUAGAUGCUCUCCCGGAUAUCGAAGCAUUAGUUCAGGGUCCGAAUAAUGUCAAUACAAGCCUUAAACACAAAAGUCUAAAGAGUCGACCUGGGGUUAUGAAAAAAAAAGAUAAAUUAGAGAAAGUCGAAAUGGCUAGAUUUGGGCAAAACAUGGCACAUAUCAUGGGCAUAGAGCAGUCAGAAAUGAUUUCGAAUGUUCCAACAACCUCCAGCAAAAUGGAAGCUGAAUCUUUGCCAGAUGUCGAAUUUAACACACAUAAAUCGACAAAGAUUGCCAAAAGAUUUGCGGCAUUGAGAGCCUGGGCGAUUACGAAUAUGGAGAAGCAUCCGAGCUUUGAAAAAAAUACAAUUUAA